CGUGUGCAGUCCCGGAAGCGGCUCCGGGAAGCUGCCUAGCUCGCGCAGCCGGAGGAAGCGCAGCCGGGUCCGCUCGGGUCGGGUCCGGCUGGGCCAUGGAGCUGUUACCUGAGCCCGCGUCCCGGCCCCGGCCCGGGCCCAGGCCCCGCUGUCUUCUGCUUCUCCCCUUGCUAUUGCUGCUGCUGCUUCUCCUGGCGGCACCGGAGCUGGGCCCGAGGCAGGCCCGAGCAGAGGAGACCGACUGGGUUCGACUGCCCAGCAAAUGCGAAGUGUGUAAAUACGUCGCAGUGGAGCUGAAGUCAGCCUUUGAGGAAACUGGCAAGACCAAGGAGGUGAUUGACAUGGGCUAUGGCAUCCUGGACCGGAAGACCUCAGGAGUCAAAUACACCAAGUCGGACUUACGGUUAAUCGAAGUCACUGAGACCAUUUGCAAGCGGCUCCUGGACUACAGCCUACACAAGGAGAGGACCGGCAGCAACCGAUUUGCCAAGGGCAUGUCGGAGACCUUUGAGACGCUACACAGCCUGGUGCACAAAGGGGUCAAGGUGGUGAUGGACAUCCCCUACGAGCUGUGGAACGAGACCUCUGCAGAGGUGGCUGACCUCAAGAAGCAGUGCGACGUGCUGGUGGAGGAGUUUGAGGAGGUGAUCGAGGACUGGUACAGGAACCACCAGGAAGAGGACCUGACUCAGUUCCUCUGCGCCAAUCACGUGCUGAAGGGCAAGGAUACCAGCUGCCUGGCAGAGCGGUGGUCUGGCAAGAAGGGGGACACAGCCGCCCUGGGGGGGAAGAAAUCCAAGAAGAAGAGUGGCAGGGCCAAGGCCUCGGGUGGUGGCAGCAGUGGCAGCAAACAGAGGAAGGAGCUACGUGGCCUCGAGGGAGACCCCAGCCCCGAGGAGGACGAGGGCAUCCAGAAGGCUUCCCCCCUCACCCGCGGCCCCACCGAGGAGCUCUGAGCCUAACCCAGCGCUCCUGCUGACCCACAGCCCUGACCUGGGAGCUGAAGGAUCUGGGCCCCGGCUCUGGCAGACAGAGCGGCACCGGGCUUCAGCU